UUAGUUUCCUUUUUCCAAUUGAGUUGUCUUCAUGUUUCAAGUUAGUAAUAGUUCAUCUGAAAAUUUUAUAGCUUCGAGUGAUAGCAGUUAUAGUAAACAAAGAAAAAGUGGUUUCUUAUGCAUAUCUCUUCAUGAUUGUAACUGCAAGACAAUUAGAUUGUGCAUAUCCGUUUCUAUAUGAGCAAAUUUAUCCAUUAGACUGGCUGAUGAAUAGAUAUGGCAUUUCUCCCUUGAAAUUUAACUUUGACUUUUCUUUUGAACCAAAAGUAGAUUAAAGAAAUAGCCAUUAUUGGAUGCACACUACAGAUGAUAGUACACAUUAGUGGUUCCCCACUCAUCCAUAUAGUGGACUUCUCUUUGAAGUUGAAAGAGACAUGUAUCCUAUUGCUAUACUUUUUCUCCCUGUCUUACUCUUUCUCCCUUCUGAAAGAUUCGUUCUUAAUAUUCUUUCUAGGUAAUUUCUUUGCCAUUGACUACAGACACUUACCUCUCUCUGUUGAGUACUUAAUCUAUUAUUCAACAAUUCAAGGUUAAGAAGUUAAAAGUAGGCGCUAUUUCACCAGAGAAGCUGCACAAGUAGAUCAUUGCAUAUCCUCAAAGGGUCAAGUGUGGUUAUUAUAGACCAGCUAACUUGAUAAAUGAAAUACGCUGCCAUUGUUACACUUUUCUGCAAAACGGAAAUAGAGUUUCCCAUUUGCAUGAUACUGUUCUCAGCAAGUCAAAGAGAGCAAGAUGCUAGUGGGCCUUGAAUGAACCUUAAUUUCGGUAGUGAAAGGAAAAUGACCUCAAAACCAAAGAAAGGAUGGAAAUCGAUUGUGCCUCUCCAUUUGAAGACCAAAUCAGCAGCACAUUUUUGUUUGCUACCCAAAGCGAAGUCAGAUCGAUACGGUCCUGGUGACACACCUGUUUAUCUCAAUGUGUAUGACUUGACUCCUAUGAAUGGCUAUGUAUAUUGGGCUGGCCUUGGUAUCUUUCAUUCUGGUGUAGAAGUUCAUGGUGUAGAAUAUGCAUUUGGAGCUCAUGACUAUCCAAGCAGUGGUGUCUUUGAAGUUGAACCACGGCAAUGCCCAGGGUUCAAGUUCAGGAAGUCGAUAUUCAUUGGGGCUACAAAGUUGGAUCCCUGUCAAGUUAGAGAAUUUAUUGAACGUCAAGCUGCUAGCUAUAAUGGUGAUACGUAUCACUUGAUUGUGAAGAACUGCAACCAUUUUUGCAACGAUUUAUGCUACAAGCUGACUGGGAAAAGGAUUCCAAAAUGGGUGAACAGACUUGCAAAAUUAGGUUCAACAUUCAACUGCAUGCUACCCGAGGCUCUGAAAGUUGCUGCGGUGGAACAUGACCCUAAUGGCCCUGAAUAUGAUAGUGAGAAAAGAAGGCUGAGAAGUGCUUUCAGUUGUCUUUCGUCAAUUUCAACAAGGCAAAGGCAGUUAUCGACAUCUUCGUUAUUUCUGCAGUCACCCUUGAAAGGGUGCUUACCAUCUUGGGAGUUAAGAAAAUCUAACAACAGGUCUCUGAAGGAAAGGUAAGAUAAUGGACCCUUCCAAUUUCUUGGAAUUUGUUGAACAGAAAUGUUAUGAAGGUUAUUUCAUGUAUUCUUGGGAAAAAUGAAAAACCAAUCAGAGUGACAUGCUUAGGAAGGGGUAGUAUUUGUAACAUGACAUUUCAGUGUAUGUAAAAAAAGAAUUCCUUAUUUGAUUGCUUCUUUUGAGAAAGUUUGCCACACUUGGAAGUUGAAGCAGUGAGUUGUUGGAUCAAGAUGAAUGGAGAUGCUUGCACCCAAGAGUAUAGCCUAGUGGUCAAUAAAGUGGGUGGAGAUUGGAGAACUAUGAGGUCUCACAUUCAAAUUCUAUUGGAGUCGAAAAUACUAGGUCACAUCUGUCUAAAUUUUGGUAGAUAAAAUUAUUAGAUACUUGUGUUGGUCGGAGGUAGUAGGUACCCUCUGGAAUUAGUCGAGGUGUGCACGAGCUGGCCAGAGCGUCACAGUUACCAUUUGACAAAGGCUAUAGUAUUUGACAAAGAUUCUGAGGUAAUAGAUACUAGCUGGAAUGGCAAAGAAGAAGUUAUGUACUAUAAUCGCUACAGAUUACAACGGGACAAAAUGGCUAAAGUCCCAAGUAGUGGAAUCCAAUAGGCAAUAAAUCGAUAUUAUUUCAA